GCCCCCCCUGGUGUAAGGCAGUGCCUAAGCUCCCAAUGGGGAACGGGGUGGCGGCAGCGGAAGUGGCGGGACAGGAAGAGGACACCGGACGUGGCCGUCGUCAUGGCGGCGGCGACGGCCUAGGCCAGGCUUGGUGGAUUCCUGAGCCGCUGGGAUGACGCAGGCAGAGCUACGGCUCUGCUCCCUCCUGCUCCAGGAGCACUUCGGGGAGAUCGUGGAAAAAGUCGGGAACUCCCUGCUCCGGACGGGACCGCGGCCGCUGCGGCUCCUGGUGGGGGACACGGGGCUGCUCCCGGAUCAGGUGAAAAAGGCCCUUUGUGUCCUAAUCCAGCACAACCUGGUACGGUACGAGGUGCAGCCCCGGGGAUCCGUGGAAUAUGAGGCAAGGAGCGAGCGCAUCCUGCGGAUCCUGCGCUACCCCCGCUAUAUCUACACAGCCAAGACGCUUUAUGGGGACCCAGGGGAGCUGCUGGUGGAGGAACUUCUGCUCCACGGGCACCUUCCCAUGAGCUGCGCCGUUGCCAGGGUCGCUGAUCGCCUCACUGAAACCAUGGAAGAUGGGAAAACCAUGGAUUACACAGAAGUGUCCAGCACAUUUGUGCGCCUGGCAGAUACCCACUUCAUCCAGAGGUGCCCGAUAGUCCCAGAAAGCCCCCGGAGUGCCAAGGCACUGCCGCACUCUGCACCCGCCCUGGCUAUUGACGAGAAGGACAUGUACAUCGUGCCUCGGCUCAGCCUUGUUGGGAAAGGGAAGCGGAGACACUCGUGUGACGAGGAGGAGGAGGAGGGGGAGCACAAAACCAAAAGACAGAAGCAGGACGGAGGAAGCUCAGAGACUCCCCCAGAUGAUGGCAUUUACUGGCAAGUCAACCUGGAGCGCUUUCACCAGCACUUCCGUGACCAGGCUUUGGUCAGCGCCGUGGCCAGCCGCAUGGACCAGACCAGCAGCGAGGUGGUGCGGACGAUGCUGCGCAUGAGCGAGGUGACCACAGCCUCGGGUGCAUCCCACACACAGCCCCUCUCCUCCAAUGAGAUAUUCCGAUCUCUUCCAUCUGGGUACAACAUUGGGAAGCAGGUGUUGGACCAGUACCUGGCACUCCUGGCCGAUGACCCGCUGGAAUUUGUGGGGAAGUCGGGGGACAGCGGUGGGGGCACCUACACCGUCAACCUGCACAAGGCUCUGGUGUCCCUGGCCACAGCCACGCUGGAGUCCAUUGUGGAGGAGAGGUUUGGCUCCCGCUGCGCCAGGAUAUUCCGCCUGCUCCUGCGCAAGAAGCACCUGGAGCAGAAGCAGGUGGAGGAUUUUGCCAUGAUCCCAGCCAAGGAAGCCAAGGACAUGCUCUACAGGAUGCUCUCAGAGAACCUGGUGUCCUUGCAGGAGAUUCCCAAGACUCCGGACCACGCUCCAUCCCGCACCUUUUACCUGUACACGGUGAAUGUGAUGGCUGCUGCUCGGAUGCUGCUUCACAGAUGCUACAAGAGCGUGGCUAACCUGAUGGAACGAAGGCAGCAUGAGAUGCGGGAGAACAAGAGGCUCCUAGAGAAGUCCCAGCGUGUGGAGGCCAUCCUGGCCUCCAUGCAGGCCACGGGCGCUGAGGCGGCGCAGCUGCACGAGGUCGAGGAGAUGAUCACAGGUCCCGAGCGGCAGCAGCUUGAGACCCUAAAACACAACGUCAACAAGAUUGAUGCCAGUGAGAACCAGGUGGAUGAGACCAUCUUUGUGCUGGAGUCAUUCAUUGAGAGCACCACGAAGAGGCCAUGAGGGAACAGGACGGGAACAAGGACACGGACACAGACAAGGACAGGGGUACGGAUGGGGACGUGAAUGGGGACGGGGAUCAGAUGCCUCUGCCCACAGCGCUUGUGCUGCUGAGGAGAAUAAAGCAGCAGUUGCUAAUGCACCUGCAUGUCAACUGGACACAGUGACACAGGAUGCAGGGACAGACAGGCGUGGGGACGCAAGACACAGGGGACAUGGACGCACAAGACAGACACAUUAUAUGGACACACCGAGGAUGCAGGACACAUGGGGACACACACAGGACAUGGGAGACACACAGAACUGUUCUUGUGUCCCUCAAAACCGGUCUUGUCUCCCAUGACUGACAGACAGUGACACUGUCCCUGGCAUGACCUGUCUGUCCUGGCAGCUUUCAUCUGGGAGCAAUCUUUGAAUGUGUUGAGUUUUGGAGGUGGAAUCCAGAUUUUGGCCAAGUUUAAGGUUAGUUAUGUGCCAUCACAUUCAGGAUGGUGGCUCUGGAAGAAACUCAUGGUACCACACUCAAGAUUAUAUGCCAUAACUCACAUGACAUCAGCACAUACAAAUAUAACUUGUACAUACAGAUUAAACCAUUGAAGGCUUGAAAAAUGUAAUAAAAGAGUACCUAUAUGAAAGAAAUAAAA